GGUGUUUGUCUGCAUAGGUCUUCAUGAAGGUGACUCGACCUGGAGAAGGAGCCAUUCACUCUGGCCCUGGGGGACGUGUGAGAAGUUGGUUCCUUCCAAUGUUGUGUUUGACCCAGGAGAGUGGAUUCGUCUCACCAGGAAUCUCUAUAACUGGACUGAAGACUAUGGCAGUUUCAGUCCCUCUUCCUGGGAAGCUGUUGCCAACGAGGAGAUGUGGCAAGCCAGGAUGAAAACAGCUUUCUUUAUAUUCGACCUUGCGGAGAGUGCCAGUGCGACUGCAGAAAUGAAAUCACAACUUUACACAUUUGCAUACAGCUCAUACAAAGAAAUUGUCAACUCUCAUCCCAAUCACCCGGUGAACUGGCACAAAAACUACGCCAUCGCCUGCGAGAGGAUGUUGCGUCUCCGUCGGGGGGACGUGGAUCCCGAAACGUUGCUCUCUGAAACUGUGAAACAUUUCCUGCUGUACACCGAGAAAGCAGAGGAUGAUCCCCAGCGCCAGGACAUCCUGCAGGCUGUGAAGCACCUGGAAAAAGAGCUGCAGGGGCUGAGGAAAAGGAAAGCAGACCUGAGGCGGGGAGCUGGGUAGCGCCCGGUCCCCCGCCCGCCUGCUGGAGGGCUGGAAGUUUGAAGUCAAGGCUUAACAUCUGAGUUAGUCCUUGACAAGGUGAGAAUGUUUUUAAAAGGUGACAGAACUGGCAGCAGAGAGGAAAUCAAGUGUGCAGGAACAUGCUGAUGUUUGGUCUUUGAUUGCUGUUGCGAAAUGAACUUUGGGGGUUCAGGGGGGAGGCUCAUCACUAAAAAAAAAAAUGGGUUUCAAAAAGGAAAAUUUUUCUUCUUAAAGGAACCUGUGAUUCUGUUAUACUAUGAACAUUUAUCUUUUUUUUAAUGAGUGCAGCAUCCUUUAUAGAUGUAAAAAUGUAUUUAGCGUUUAAUUGUUUCCUCUGUUACUGAGCCAAGAGGUUUUCUACAGCCAUUUUUCAUUUGCUGUUCUGUGUCUGUGUGUUUUUAUGGUCACGGGACAGCGUGGUUAGGUGGGUUUCCCUCAGGACAAGGAUAUGGGAUGGUGCCCUCAUGGGAGCCUAUUUUGAAUGUACUCUGUGCCCUGGCUGUGCUUGUGCCCAAGGGCACUUCAGAAUCAUAAUCAGAGAAUCAGAGAAUAUUUUGGGUUGGAAGGGAACUUAAGUACUAUUUUGUUCCACCCCCCUGCCAUGGCCAGGGAUGCCUUCCGCUAUCCAAGGUUGCUCCAAGCCCUGUCCAACCUGGCCUGGAACACUUCCAGGGAUGGGGCAGCCACAGCUUCUCUGGGCAACCUGUGCCAGGGCCUCACCGCCCUCACAGCCAAGAAUUUCUUCCCAAUAUCCCACCUAACCCUGCCCUCUAUCAGUUUGACGCCAAACCCCCUUGUCCUGUCACUCCAUGCCUGUGUAGACAGUCCCUCUCCAGCUCUCUUGGAGCCCCUUUAGGUACUGGUACCCCCUUUUAGGUACCCCUUGCUUUGCAGGGAUGUUUUUUUCAUUACAUUACAUUUUUUGGGAUAGACCUUAUUGCUCUAGUUUUCCAACAGCGAGCAAGCAACUCGUGUAUUUUCUCUUGCAGAGCACUGUGACUCUGCAGGCAGCAGUUUGGCACCUCCUGCACUGCCUCCACCUGGGGUGGAGGGUCUGUGGUCCUGAGGCCUCACAAGGGAACACAAGAGCAGCUCCCAUGGGACACUGCUCUCCCUGUGGUUCAUGGCAUCUGUCCUGUGGCCUCUAUUUCUGUGUGAGCCCAUAAUGCUCAUCUACUCUGCCACAUCCUCAUGGGUACUGGGGAUUCCAGAACUGCAGUUUUAGAAAUAUCAGGGGCUUUAACCAAAAGAACAGGUGCAAAUCCAUCCUGCUUUUCAGUCCACCCCAAAAACCAAGGGGCUUGGUUAACAAGAGCUCAGCUACUUGUUUAAAAAAAAAAAAAAAAGAUAUAAAAUAGCAUGUUUUUCAAAAUGUUUUCAGUUAAUCUGUAUUUCAAAUGCUUAAGGCAGACCCAAAAGUCUGGUGGUGUCACUGAGAGCUGUGUUCAUCUGAAUUGCCAUGCUUUGUUCUGUGGUUCUGUGAGGUCUCAGCCCAGUGUUUUGCAGGAGAGAAAUUGCUGCCAGGCCAGGUUUCAUUUGGACUAGUAAAAUUUUCAGAGGAGAAAGAAGUAAGUCUGUAAAGUUCAUGUUGUCAAAUGGCACCUCUGGAAGCUUCCCCGAGGCUUGGAGGAGCAGACUGAGAUGUGAGCAGGAGUGAGGGGUGUUGCAGGUGGAUGCUGUGUUGGUCUGUAGUUUUGAGGUGUGUGUAGGGACAUGUGGCCCCUCUUCCUAAUAGAUCUUUUUAAAAGUGGACUACUUCUCUUUUUUUCUCCAAGUGCUAAUUUUCCUAACUUUUCAUUGGAUGCUUCCUGUGUAAAGAUCAAGCUGAUAUCUAAGAAUCUCUUAACUCCAGUUGCCCAACAACAUCCUUUAUUUUUCACCCUCUCACUCUGAUUUAUUUUUUGUAGUGUGACUUCCAUAGCUAUUCCCCCUGUCACUGCUAUAAACCAUUCCUGUACAAACAGCAGAUGAGAAAUGAGCAAUGAAAAGGAGGAAAACUGCAGCUGCUGGGCUGCAAAGCCACAAAGCAGAGGGGUGAGAAGGAAGAGGAGCAGUUCAGGGGUGUCAUUUUAACUCUUUGUGUUGUAAUUUACUACAUUUCAGGUCGGCCGUGCCUCACUUAAAUCUCUUCCUUCUUCUCAAUCCCUGCAGAAGUGUUUGUACAGAGCAGGGGAAUAUCAUACAUUCCUCUGUGCAGCUUUCUCAGGGCUGGCUUUCUUCUCCCUUCUCCAAACCAGUCCUUCAGCCUGGCAGAAAAGCAUUAGGAAUCCAAUUUUUGAAUGCUUUUGUUACCUGCAUUAUUGAAAAUCCAUUCAAGCAAAUAUACUGAGCCGAGGGUUUUCUUUAUCUUGAUUAGAUGCCCCUCCUUAGCCUCAUAGUCUUGAAAUAAUUGGAAGCUUUUGUGGAUUCCACUAUCUGCUCUGGAGAAAAGAGGGGCUGUAUCCCAGCCUGCAGCCUGCACUGACUAGUGUAUCAUCCUAUAUUGCAAUAAACAGGGAUGGAAACUACAACAAGAACUUUCCCAGUGGCAAAAGCCUUCCCAGGUGUGAAGAGCAGUAGAAAGGGGAUGCCUUUUUAGGGAGCAAAGCACAAUCAUGGUUUUGACCUGUACUGUGUCCAUGUGAAUCCUGUGCACACGUGAUGGAGGUGUCUGUGCUGGGUGUUCAGCUCAGAGAUAUCCCACAAAGGGGAAAAUGUUUAACAGUGAUGGAACUUCCGAAAUUCCUCCCCCCUGAACCUGUUCAAAUGAGAUUUGCUGGUGCUUGCGGACGAAGCCGUUGCGUGGAUGUUGCUGAGCCUGUUGGCUAAAAGGCAGAGGGAUGCUGGCAGAGUUUAAUUUUUAUCAGCUCCUCUUAGGUGGCACCCUGAAGUUUAUCAAACAAGCAAAGCUGAUUUGCUCUUCGUUAGUCUCAGUUGCAUGAAUCGGUUGCCAAGUAAACAGGAUUUUGCAUUUUCCUAAUUACUUUCAUAUUUGUGUUUUACCUCUAUUUGUUCUCUUGCAAAACCGGUCCUAAUAAUUAGUCAGUCUCCUGCUGCCUAGACCUUAAAAAAAAAAAAAAAAAAAGGGGUGGGGGGAGAGGGGAAAAAAAGACUUCUGAAGGGUUUUUUCUCCCUUAUAAAUUCAUUUUUGUUACAAGCAUCUUUUAUACAUAUUACUAAAGGGAGCGCACUAAGAAAUGCAAAUAAUAGUUCUUUAUUUUAUUAUGACAGUUAAUUAAUAGCAACCUGUUUUAAUGAAUAAAGUCACUCAGAGUCCUUCAGCACUUCCUAAGUAGAGGCCAGAAUCUGUAGGGAUUCUUUUUUCCCCCCCAUUGUAUAGCUCCAAGACUCCGAACACUAUAUAGGGCCUGUAUAGAAAUGCUCGCUAAUGAAGAGGGAGGGCGAGGAACUUGUCUGCAUUCAAAGAUCACUGGUGAGUCAUUCAGCGAGAAAAGGCCCCUUGCUAGGAAUAGUCACAGUUCCGCGGCAUUGUGCUGGCAAAAGGGUUUGAUCAAAGGUCUCCUGCCGAGCUUGCAUGGUUUCCUUUCAUACGACGACCAUAAUUAAAACCACUAAUUCUCUUUUAAAAUGCUGCAGGAUGCCAUGUAGGCAUCUGUCUGGAGUGUCCUUUGUGCUGUCGGGAGCUGUUAAGGACCAGCGCCGAGGGCUUUUCAGCGACAUGCCAGUCAGGAAGGUGAUUCGACAUAAGGGUGCCUCUGAAGGCUUGACAGGGCCUUGACUACACAAUUCCAGCUGAAUUUGCCCCUUGUCAGCUGCCAGUAAAUAAAUCUCAAAGAAGAAGAAGGGGUGGGGGGGUGGGGGGAGGCAAAGCUGAAGUUUCAUUACCUGAUCCCCAGGGCUUUGUUGGUUUUGGCAUCGCCCAGGGGGAAGCCCUCGCCCCUCGGGGCCGGGGAGCUGGGGAUGGCCAUUGGAGACCCCGGCGCCCGGGCCGUUUGAAGACCGUCAAUACUUGUAACAGUUCAGCUGUUAGGGAGACAAAUAAAUGGAAGAGCCCAUUAAUCCCCUUUGGGUACUCGGUGCCUUUUGCCCUUUUAUCGCAGCCUUAUUAGGUUCCUACUCAUCUUGAACCAGGAGGGAUGAAUUGAAGUUGUUGAGCGCUAAUUGGCAAAGACUUUUCAUCGCGGGCCAAGAACUUUCGCUGACUUGAAAGUAACUUCGCCACGGGGAGGAUCAGCAAAUUUUUGCCUCGCCGUUUAAAACAAAACCCCCCAAAUCUCGUUGGGAUACGAUGUGGUGUUUAAAAAAAAAUUAGAAAAAAAACCCAACAACAACAAAAAAGAGGGAACUGCUGAAUUAUUGGGGUUGUCCUUCAUGAGGAUGUUGGCAACUUGUAUUUGCACUUUAAAAGAGAGUCACAGAGCCAAGCAUGGCACAGGAUGAUCCACCCCCAAAUGCGGUUGAAAUCCACGUGUCUUAUGUGUGUGUUACUGAGACCUGCUCAUGGAACAGGCUUCCCAAAAGGAGUCUGGGAGAUGGUCUAGGAGGGGGCACCAUCGUUCUUGACUGUUUGCAACUGCUCAAGGGUCAAGUAGAGCAAUGCUGAGGUUUCCAUGUGCCAGGGACAAUUCUGUCUGCCUUAGAGUCCUUCCUGGUUUUGGUGAUGGGAUUUAUGGAUGAGAAGUAUUUCAGUGUGGAGGCACUUGGAUGAUGUCAUGUGAAUUGUUUUUUAAUGUUGAUUUUGGUAAAUGCUGCAUUAAUUUGAAGGUCCUUAUUGCCCUCUCUCCCCAUGUCCCCCAUUGUGUAUUUUAAAUAAAGAAUAAAACUUUUA